UGACGACUGAUGUGUUUCAUAUACAUUUUAUUCAACGAAAGUUUGUUUUAACCGGGAUUUUAUUUAGCCGGAUGAUUUCCACGGUGAACCAUCGGAGUUUCUGCCACCGGUUGAUGCCGAAUACGUGUUGGUCCAAUGGCCAUCACGCUUAAACGGUCCUCGCAGCACAAAAUUCGAUUCUAAAAUGAGAAACUCAGGUGAAAACAUUACAGUCAUAGGAAAAACCGAGGCGACAACAACAAUGACAACAACAACAGCAACUGCUACUACUACUGUAGCAGUAGCGGCAACAACAGCAACAACAACAGCGACUACUUCUAAACCGGGAACAAUGAGCUCAACAGAUGUCACGUCACCAUCGACUCUCGUUUAUCCAACUGUUGGAAGGUGUACUUACAGUGCAAUGUACCAAACUUCUUUUCAGGGUACAAAAUUGAUAAGGACUAUUUACGUGAAAAGAUUCUUAACGGUAGUGGUUGCUUUUUGUAUAGUAGUGGCAUGUCAUCUAUACAUUAACCCUAGUCCCGUUGGCAAUCGAAUAGUGUCGAAUAAGGAAGGCACCAGUAAAGUCUAA